UCCAUUGGGAAAGGGACUAAAGUUAACAUAGGAGUCAUCUGUUAUAUUUAGGUCCUCUAACUUGCAAAUGUUGUCUUUCAGCUUUGGAAUCGUCCUUUGGGAAAUUGCGACCCGUAGCAUCCCUUAUAAAGGUUGGUCGGAUAAGGACAUCCUUGAGAAAGUGGGCCAACAGAACUACCGGCAGCCACUCCCUGAUGACUGUCCUGAUCUGCUGGGGGCGGUGAUCAACGCCUGUCGGGCCCAGGAUCACUUCCAGAGACCAUCCGCUGGAGUGCUGGUGGAUAAACUGCAAACUACGUUGGGAAAGAUAGAGAAGUGAUGAAAUGCUUCAUCCCUCGGCCUGUCCGUCAGCAGUACUCAGGGUUUCUGGUCAACGCACCCUCUCAGGAGAAGAAAUAAGAUAGAACAUAAGAUAAUAUUAUUUUACUGUAAUUGCAUGAUGCAUACAAUGAGAUUCAGGUAUUCUGGUAUUCAGGUAUUCAGAAAGUACCCGUCUUACAAAUUACAUUCACCGCUGUCAACAUAUGCAUAAGUUAAAAUAUUAAAAGAGGUGGGCGUUGCUUAAUUGUUAAGCCUUAGUCAGACUGUAACUUGAUGAAAAUGUCUGUAUAAUCCACAGUAAAGGCUUACAACACACUAAAAGCCAUACU